AUGCUUUUACCCGUCAGAUUUUUGGGGGCUAGUGUCUAUGCCACUUCGAUAGCCAAGAGAUCCCCACAGUUUUUAGUUUGGGACUCAAUACACGCGAGUGUACUCGGUCGACGGGCUGUCCAAGUCAGUCUGAACUCUUAUGCGUACUCAAACAAUAUACUGUCCGGUUCUAUCAACAUCCAGAAUAUUGCUUAUCAAAAGGUAGUAUCGGUCUACUGGGCACAAGGUAACAACUGGCAGGGCACGCCAAUGAAAGCGGUAUAUUCUUCCGGACCCGUCAAUGGAUAUGAAACCUGGGUUUUCUCUGGAACAGCUGUCGGCGCGACCCAGCUCUACAUCAAAUAUGAUGUUAGCGGUACCUCAUACUAUUAUCCUGGAAAUUAUGUGAAUGUUCAGGUAACAUCUUCAACGACUACUACAACUACGACCAGCCGCACGACUACGGUAGGAACUACUACAACUACAUCGGAGACCGCCUCAACAUUAGCUACAAGUACAACCGGCGAUCCAUCAUUCACGGGGACCGUAUCUCCUUCAGCAAUACCGUCUUUUAGGGUUGAGCCAGUACCCUACGAGGCACCUGCAACAUCCCCUUCAGGAUGCGGAAACUUUAAUGGGAGGGACUCAUGCUCUUCGGGCUCUUUCCCCGACUCUUCUGAGAACCGAAGAUGGCAGACUCCUCCUCAAAGCGACCCACAAUAUAUAUCUUCCUUCCAGUCUUACGGAAAACUUGUCGGUUAUGCCGAUAUUCAAUAUAAUAGCGCCAGAACCGCCGCCGUCGUUGUCAUCAAUUGUUUGAGCAAGACAGGCGCUAGUUUGACCUACUACGUUAACAAUGUUGCACAAACCUCGAAUUUGGUUCAGGUCUCGAGUGCAAAUACCGGGGGGCUCAAUAUUAGGGUCACAGACUCAACUGGGGGAUCCUUAAAUUUAGAGACCCUUUACUUCUUGUGGGAAAAUCCUGCGAUAUCCGGAGGACAAAGUAACUUCAAUGACGGCCAAAAGGGGGCCAUUGUCGAACUUUUCGGGUGGCCUUAUGAUGACGUUGCAAAAGAAUGUGCGUUUUUGAGCAAAGCGGGAUACAUGGGUGUCAAGAUCUGGCCUCCACAGGAGCACGUCUGGGGAUCGAACUAUUAUGAGACCGAUAACCAAUUUCGUCCAUGGUACUUCGUCUACCAGCCAGUUUCUUACCGCCUCCACUCUCGUUCGGGAACAAGAGAACAACUUAGGAACAUGAUAAAAGCUUGCCGCUCUGUUGGUGUUCGUGUGUAUGCAGAUGCUGUUAUCAACCACAUGACAGCCAACGGGAACGAUAUUCAGAACCAUCGAAACACCGACUGUAGUACUUAUACCGGGCAUAAUUCUACCGAUGGCUCCCCGUAUUUCACUUCUGGCAAUACUUACUUGAUUAACCCUUACAGCGGGACCAGACCAGCUCCAGAAUACCCAUCUGUUCCGUAUGGGCCUAGUGACUUCCAUUGUGAUUGCGCUCUUAACAGUUGGACAGAUGGAGCUAUUAUAACCAAUUGUUGGCUCGUCGGAUUGGUGGAUCUCAGGACUGAGAAGCCAUACGUUCAGGACCGCAUUGCCACGUAUCUAGCGGAUCUGUUGUCAAUUGGUUUCAGCGGAUUUAGAGUCGAUGCGGCCAAACAUAUCGGCCCAACAAACACGGCCCAGAUUCUCGCUCGUUUUAAGCAAAAGCUUGGGGGCGGCACACUACCUGCAGAUUGGAUCUCCUGGCACGAAGUUAUUAUGGGUGGAGAAGCAAACCUCCUUGCAUGUGGCGGAGGGGAAUGGUCUUGGUAUACCAACUUUAACAACAGGCUCAGCGCGGUUGGUUUCUCUCAGACCGAUAUUGAUAAGACAAAAAUUUGGAGCUCCGAUUACCCUAAGGAACACCCCGUUUGUGGAUCCUGGAUUAUACCCUCCACACGAUUUGUCAUCCAAAAUGAUGAUCACGAUCAACAAAACCCCGGUUCAUCGUCCCGGGAUAUGCAAGACAAAGGAUCAGUUCUCAUCAAGUCUAAAGACGUAGCAGCACAUAGAGCAUUUGAAGUGCAACUUUUCACCAGAACCGAUGGCAACUGGCAGAUUCGAAAUAUCCUUUCCAGCUAUAUGUUUAUGAAUAAUGGUGCGUCUGGGUACCCGGAUGGCCAGAGUGAUUGUUCUUUGUACACUGGAAACCAGCCUCGAAGUGCAUGUCUCGGUGUACCAUAUGAUCAAGCAUAUGUUGCCAAUGCAUGCGGCUACACAAUGUCGCAGGGGAAGUAUACCAGAGUGCAUAGAGAUUUAUCCAUCAUCAACGCUAUGCGAAGUUGGGUUGGCCUUGGCUCAACUACUGCUAGUGCUCUUGGAAUUUCGGGAUGUUCCUAG